AUAUCAUUCGACUCUCCCAAACGAAUUACGACUUUGACCUUCUUUCCAAAACCCUAUUUUCCUCUUUGAUCAGCCGUAGGGUUUUACGAAAACUUCAAAGUAAUCAAUGGCGUCAUCGACUCGGAUUUUCGGUAACUGCUGUCGAGCUUUAAUGGCUGCUGCUAAAACUUCCGCAGCAACUGAAACCACAGCGGCAGCAACAGCCACUGUGACCAAAGCCAGAGGUCGCCCUACUGGAAUACUGAAGCCUCAACCAGUUUCGACUGCACUAGGAAGCUUCUUAGGUACUAAAGAAUCCUCCCGCGCUGAUGCGGUCAAGAAAGUUUGGGAAUACAUUAAAACCCAGAAUCUUCAGAAUCCCACAAACAAGAGAGAGAUACAUUGUGACGACAAGUUGAAAACUAUAUUUGAUGGCAAGGACAAGGUUGGUUUUCUUGAGAUUGCGAGGCUAUUAUCCCAGCAUUUUCGUAAGGCUGCUUAAGUUCUAGUCAAGUGGGAACUUCUGUAAACAUUACGCACCUUCUGGAUACUGGACAUUGUUCUUUACCUAGCUUGCUAGCUUCUUUCUGUUUCUAGUAGCUCUACUAUUUGCCUUCACCAUUGUUUGAAUUCUCAAACGGGGUCGAUCCAGAUGCUCUUUAAAUGAAGUAGUUUGAAGAUGAACAAAAAGCAACAGAACUGCUACCCUUAGUGUUCCUCCACCCCUAAGUUCCCUCCUUAUUUGAAGUUAAGCUAGGUAUGCAGGAUUAGAUACUUUUGAAACACAAAUUGUACCAGUUGAAAUGUAAAAUUCUUAUUGCAGUUAGUUCUCUAAUUCUCUUCAUUUUGCUGAUAAAA